GAGGAAUUGGAUAUUUUAACAUACUCUGUCACCGCUGCAUCACAGCUGCCGCAAUUUGCCUUUUUUAUUCACUCCUUCCGUCUUUAUUUUACGACAGGUGAACCACCAGAUUUCUCCUCCCUGAACGAGCCCGGCCCGGUAUUUGGCGCUCCCCUCGACUCUCAGAUCCAGAGUCCCGAUCAUCCGGGUGUUCCGCUCAUGCUGGACGCUCUUGUCCAAGCAGUUCAGACACACGGUCUCUACCACGUGGGUCUUUAUCGUGCACCCGGCAGACAGAAAGAAGUCAGUCGCUUCGUGUGUCUGGCCAAUCUGGUAAGUCCGCCCUCUCGUUCGCUCUUGUUGCACACCCAUCCUUGA